UGUUUCAUGUGGCCUCCGGUGGCAAGUGCGCUGUACCAGCACCCAGCAGGCUAUUAUUUUGUCGGCGCAGUUUCUUUCGAGUCAUAGUGGUGACGCACGGCACAAGGGUCAAUGCGGGUGCGCUGAUAAUGGAGGCAUUCUCAUCAGUUGCAAACACGAAGCGCGGCCAUAUCUUACACUCGGUUCGUGCUUCUCCUGCUAUAUUGCAUCUUCAUCUCAUUUAUUCCGUGCUGAUUUGGUGGCUCGUGUAACUUUUGGUUCCACCUCCUAUUCUCCUUUACUGCGUGACACAAAGAGUAAACUAGACAAUACUACUACGGGCUGCUAGCAUGUGCCAAUUCAAGAAAAGGGGGAACCCACGACCACAGAAUGGGCUUUAGGUUAGACAGAGGUUGAGUUCCAUACGAACAUCCAACCUUCUGAUGAUUUUUUUGUGUGUCUGCUUGAUAGCUUGGUAAUGGACAUGGAUGGUGACCUCAGAUUACAUCCUAUGAUGAGAAGAGCGCCCUGCUGGAUUAUGUUAUCUGUGAUCCUGGUUCAGUAAAAAUUCAUGCUGACCCAGCAAGAAUCUUGGGCAGUGAAUCAACAAUGGUGGGGCCCGUUCAAAGAUUUAGUGGGUUUCAAAGCAAUGCCUACCGAUGCUUGCUGAGUAGGUGUGCAUCAAUGGUCCUUUCGCAUUGACUUUUCCUCAUGAAGUUGCCUGACAAUUAUAUUGGACUUUUGUGGGUCAGUCAGUCAUGUUCAGGAUGAAUCUUGACUCCUCAGAUCAACUUAAAUUGAAUAGUCUGAUUAACCAUCGCUUUGUACAAAUCCAGCUAAGGUUACAAUGAUUGUGGCCGUUAUUGGAAACCCGACCUACCACUGAAAUCAUUCUAGACCAGAAUCAAAGUACAGCAACCUCAAGUGCACUAUGAUAACGUUAUAGCCUUUUGCUAUCACUCAGACUUGUGGCUCCCUCAGUUUGUCUUUCUGCAUUCUCUCUUCUCUUUUGCAUGCUAUCCAAUUUCAUGAAGUACAAAGUAUUUAAUGAAAGUCACAGUGUAUUGUCUUGGUAACUGCAUGUGCACUCAAUUAUCAGUCUAGACAUUCUGGAAGUUACUGUUUAUUUCUCAGCUUUGAUCUAUCCACUGGACAUUGAAAUUAGCUUUGAUGUUCUAUGUUUUCUACUAAAUGUUGUAAGUUCCUUUGUACAGUAAAAGUUAUUUAUGUUUUGGACGCAACAUGAUCUCUGGCAUGUUCUUUAACCACUAUUUUCUAUUACAAUAUAUGAGAUUGUGAAAGCAGUUUCAAGACAUUUAUAACCCCCCCCCCCCCCCCCCCCCCAAUGAAUAAUUUUAAUACUAUUGGUAGUCAGUUCGAAAUUUUGACCAGUCCUUAUCUAAAAUUUGUGCUUAGAGAGACUAGAAUAUAGUCACCUAAAGUGGGUUUGAUGCCUUUGACCCUCAACCUGGAUUCGUUGACACCAACCCAGAUUCACAGGUUCAUUUUCGACCCAAAGUGUAAAAGCCUCUUCCGAUUAGCGUCCCACGUUCCACAAUCCUGUAUCUCGACUCUGUCGACCUGAAAACAUUGUGACUAUGGACUAGAAUUGUAAGGAUGAAAUAAGUGAGUUUAUCAAGGAGAGGGGUAUUAUGCAGUUUCUUUGUAGCAACUUUGGUUUCUCAUUAUUUUUUCCAUUAUUUAGGAAGUUGGUAAAUUGUUCGAACCUUGACUUGUGGUUUCUAUGGGUUUCAACUCUAGCCUAAUCCAACUUGCUAUGCUUGAGACUAAAAGGCUUUGUUGUUUUUGUUGUUGUUGCUGAGGAAGUUGGUAAAUUCUGUUCAUUAGUUAAACCGUAUCACAUUCCUUGCUACUAGUCUAGUAGGGCCUCCUAACAUGUGUGGACUUUUGAUUUUCACUUUUCACUGCUUCAUCACGUGUGUAGUCUUGUUAACAUAACUAAUUUGUGAUAUUUUACAUCUAUGCACAUAUCACUUCUUAUUUCAUCUGUGAAAUGCACUUCUUUCUCCUUUUUUUCUUUCUUGAAACACGCAUGAGAGCUGCACAUCUUUAUAUAUUAGAGAGAAAAUAAGAUCCUACAAGAAAGUAGUUCGUGCAACGUAGGAACCCCAAGAUAACUCAGACACUUAUAGCCAAAAACAACCUAUAUACUUAACUUGACCUGACCAAACUAAGGGCUUCAGCUAAGCCUAAACUUCCAAGAUGUUUAGCUCCAGCUUGUACCCAACAUGCCAACUCAUCCAAGAAGCUUCUCUGCACGUUGCUGAUGGAAGGAGAAUCACCAUGAAAGACUACCCGGUUAAGCUUUAACCACAAAGACCACACCCCCAGAAUAAUGACACUAUUAGGCCUUUCUUCGCGAAAGGGCCUCUAGCUGAGUUGGUUAGGUGGUCUGAGUAGCACUCCUCAGUCCUCACUUUCUCAGGUCCUGGGUUCGACUCCUCGUGGGAACGAAUUUUAGGCUGUGGUUUAAAAAAUCCCCUCGUCUGUCCCACGCCAAAGCACAGGUCUAAGGCUCGUCCCCGGUCGCGGUCGUCCUCACAUGGGCUUCGAUGACGCUGUGUAUGGAUGGGGCAGGGGUUUAGGGGUUUUCUCGACCUGUGUGAGAAGGUCUUCUUCUUAAUACAAUUCUCGGGGGCUGUCUUACCCCCGCAGGUCGAGUUAUUAGGCCCUUCUUCUUGUCUUUGUGGACCCUUUUGCAAGCACUUUUCCACCAUUCAGAAAAAGAGCUAUCUUCCACAUGACCAUAGCAGGAGUGAGACGUCCAAGACCAAAAGGGGAUAAAUAUUGUGCCAAAACUGCCGAGCAAAGGCACACAUAGCUAGGAGGUGCUGAACUGUUUCUUGCUCUUGAUCAAAAAGAGCGCAAGCUUCAGGAAUCAGGAUGGGAGAGGCUUCUCUUAUCUAAUCUAUCAGCUGUCCAACAUUUAUUCCUCAUGGCCAGCCAUAGACAACUCUUGCAUUUAGGAGGGGCCCAAUUCUUCCAUAAUCUUUCAUUUUUUUGAAGCUUCAGCUUGUUUAGAGUGAGCUAUAUUUGAUUUAGUGGUGAUUCUGGUGGCAUAACUUCUUGUUUUGUCAAUUACCUUGUGUUUACUAGACUCUGCAUCUUUCCCAGAUAGUUGUGUGCACUCUAUAAAAACAAGGAUUGAUAGGGCUAUGAGAGUAAUUUUUUGAAAUUAGUGACUGCUUACAUGUUGUGAUUCAAUAUGCAAUUUGCAAUGCCACUUAUCUGAUACUACCUCCCUUUGUGUUUAAUGUUGGUAAGUUCAAUUUUGCAAUUAGUGUCUGCUUACAUGUUGUGAUUCAACAUUCAGUGUCACUUGUCUGAUACUACCUCCCUUCCUUUAAGUUUGAUGUUGGUAAGUUCAACUUUGCACUAACCAGCAUCAAACAUAAAAGAUCAGAGGGAAUAGCUUAAAACGAAAUGCUCAACUUUUGGUGUGAUCAUAAAUGAUACAAAGAAGAAAGGAUUGGGAGUAUCUAAUUGGAUUUGGUGGACGUCGAUAAAUGGAGAUUCUAGGCAUUGCUCUUUUCUGUUUCUUGGAUAAUGUUGUGUGGACCACUCUAGGUAUCUCUGGUGGAUAAACAAGAAGAUACCACCAUAUAGUGUGGUGUUACUCAUUAAAAUUGCUUUGAAUAUAUCGACUUCAAACAUCAGUGUAAAGUUAUACAAGGUUAGCUGAUACCACACUCUUUCUCUACGUGGUCACUGUGUCAAAUCAGAAGAAUUGCUGUCUUGCACUUGAGUUAUAGUGGAGGGUGAUGUCAGAUUGGAUAGCAGUGCCAUGUUGUAAUACCAAUUGAACCCAUCAGAACACAAUUUCUAUUUUUUUUGAAUGCCUUUAUUUUUUUUACUAUGCAGUUUUCUUGGACAGUGAAUCUUCUAACUUUUGUUAAAGAAACUACAGGGUGUGAUCUUUGGAGUGCUUUCAUAAGGAAUCUUCCAGUGUUGUGCUUUGCAUACAUUGGCCGAGCAUCUUUAUGAUCGGAUUUGUGUGGCUUCAGCUCUAUAGAGGAAAGUGGUUGAUUUUUAUUUUCCUUUACCUGAAUAACGCACUUAUUCCUAAUUGUUUAAUAUGAUGCCACUAAAGCACAAUACACAUUGUUUUAUAGGAACUAGUUUUAGUUUUGUUCUUUAAUGGUGCUUCACCUAUUUAUUAUAAAGCACCAUUGAGAUUCAAGACACUAUUGGUGUCAUUUUGUACCUUUUGCAUUCUUAUUUUGUCACCCAAAAAGAGACAUCACAUAGUGGGAGGACUCAUCCAAAUAUUCUAUAUCCCAAAAGUUGGGUUGCCAUAUAUUACUUUCUGCUGUGAUGGUUUGAUGUGAAAAACAUUUAUAGUGCCUUCAUGAUUCAGUAUAUAAUACUAAAUAUAUCAAUUGUUUCUGUUGUCCAAUUUAUUUUUUUCUCCAUAAGGCUGUUAGUUUUGCAUGAGGAUAAUCAUUCCAGGUACACUUCUAUUCUCUCCAUACAUCACACAUUUAGGUAUAUCAUUGGUUUUUCACAUCUGUUGCUGUUGGCUUUUGAAAUUGUGGGUCGCCAAUUAAAAUAAACAUCAGUUCAUGACAUCCGAUGAUAUAGCCUCAUGUGUUUCAUGUAUGUAUUACAUGUUAAGUUUUUAUUAUUGAAAAGCUUGAUAUGAGGAAGUUAGCUCAUUUGUGUUGUAGUAAAAAUCAUAAGCAUAUGGAUAAAGUAUUACCGUCUGUUAUGUGAUAUACUUUUUGGUUCCAUUGCUUAUUUAUGAUCAUUACUGUCAGGACAAGUACAUUUUCAACCUUUUUACUGUGCUUGUGAUUUCUUUUCAAACCUUUAAAACUAAAAUCAUCCAUUUGCAUCCUUAAAACUAUAAAAUCUCUAAUCUGCAUACAUUUUAAGGCUUUUUUGUGCUGACAUGGGUACUAUGUAUCAUCGAAAACCGCUGGAUUUUGGGAUGAAGGUUGCGUUUUAAUUAGAUGGUUUUGAGAGACAUGUGAUUAAGUGAAUGAUUCAAGCACGAUUUUGAUUAAAUAUUGUUCUUUAUAAUUUGGCUACUUGUUGGUAAAUUUACUGCUGCCUGCUCACUAUGGCCAAGUUAGAAUUUCCCCUGAAGUUUUCACUCGACUGUCCUGGCGAUUGCAACCCUUUACCCCUGGUUCUGUGUAACUGAUAUAGAACUCAGGCUAGCUUUGUAUAUUCUGAUUCCAGUAAAGUGCACAUAUGGAUAUAUGCUGCAAUAUGGUGGUCCGUGACAUCACUGCAUGCGAUUAAGAAGGUUAGAUUUGAUGGUCUUUGGAAUGUAAAAAGGAUUCAAUAUGAUUUAUGGAAACACACAAAAAUAGAUGUUAAUUUUUGGUCUUAUCUACAUCCUACAUAGUCAUGUAACCAGUAAUUGUCAAGGAUGCUGGAAUAAUAUGCAACUUCAUUUGCUUUCGUGCCUUUUCUGUGGCUGGUGUAUACAUUUUGCAUGGGCGUCUUCAACUUUCCUUCCCUCUCGGGUAUAUAACCAAUGCUUCCUCGUGUUAUGAUGCCAAUAUGUUUGACAAAAGAAGCAUGCAUUUCAUGAAUCUACUUUGCCGAUCUGUGUAAUUCCAUUCGGUGCUUCCUAUUUCCUUUAUUCUUUUUCUCUUUUGGGGGAAAUUGACAUCCACUCAUUGUUAUAUGGCACUAUCACAGUGGUGAUAUGCAGUGGGUCCGCUGUCCUAACCACAUGCACCAUACCUCUUUAAAACCCCAGCCUAAUGUGCAUCCUCCAGUCCAAGGCCACUAGGAGUUUGUAAUGGAGAACAAUACCCCUCCAAAGACUGGGACGGGCUUCUUAAAAACUUGCUUCAAUGGAGUUAAUGCUCUCUCAGGCGUUGGAAUAUUAUCUAUUCCAUAUGCAUUGUCUCAAGGAGGAUGGCUGAGCUUACUUAUCUUCUUAACCAUAGCAAUCAUCUGUUUCUACACUGGUAUUCUCCUACAGAGAUGUAUAGACUCGAGUUCGCUUGUUAAGACCUAUCCUGAUAUCGGUGAGCUAGCUUUUGGGCGGAAAGGAAAAAUCAUAGUAGCAAUAUUCUUGUACCUAGAGCUGUAUCUUGUGGCUAUUGAUUUCUUGAUAUUAGAAGGUGACAACUUGGAGAAAUUAUUUCCAAAUGCUAACUUCCAUGCUGCCGGGCUGAAGGUUGGAAGCAAGCAAGGGUUUGUGUUGAUGUUCAGUCUACUUGUUUUACCAACAACAUGGCUUCAGAGCUUGAACAUGCUUGCAUAUGUCGCCCUUGGUGGAGUCAUGGCUUCUGUCAUUUUAAUCGCCUCUGUUCUGUGGGUUGGGACAUUUGAUGGGGUUGGUUUUCAUAAGAAAGGUGUGCCUGUGGACUGGUCUGGUAUGCCAACUGCCAUGAGCUUAUAUGCGUUCUGCUUCAGUGGCCAUGCUGUUUUUCCGAUGAUAUACACUGGCAUGAGGAACAGAAAAACGUUCCCCACAGUGUUACUCAUCUGCUUCAUUAUCUGCACUCUUAGCUAUGGCCUGACAGGUGUCAUUGGAUACUUGAUGUUUGGGAAAUCAUUAAGCUCCCAGGUGACUCUGAACCUUCCAGCUAACCAUUUUGCCUCCAACAUUGCGAUCUACACGACGUUGAUCAAUCCGUUUACCAAGUUCGCGCUGCUGAUCACUCCAAUAGCAGAGGCUAUCGAAGAUAAACUUCAUGUGGACAAGAAUAAGACCGUCAGUAUCUUAAUCCGGACUGCGCUGGUUGUCAGCACAACCAUUGUGGCCCUUGCCGUGCCCUUCUUUGCCUAUGUUGUCGCUCUUACUGGUUCGUUUCUCAGCAGCACGGUCACAAUUUUGCUACCAUGUGUUUGCUACCUGAAGAUCAGCUCACGGACCUCCAGGAAUCUGAGGUUGGAGCUGGUAGUUUGCUUGGGUAUUAUCAUGAUUGGGGUGGGAUUAGUUUUGGUCGGCACGUAUAGCUCACUGAAAAAGAUUGUUCAUAGCUUUUGAUUUCUGAAUGAUAUAUGCACCUUGAGGCCUUAGUUCGUUUCAUCCUUUAUUAAACCAUGAAGACUGAAGGGGAUGAUUGAUGAACAAGGCCUGAGUGGGUGUAAUGUAAGGCAGAAGAAACCCUAGGCAGAUACUGUAGCAAAUGAAUCGUAGACAAGCCGAUCUUGCGAUCUAGAAUAAGUCGCUUACUGAGAAGUCAAACUCGUGUAAAUUUAAUCAAAUAUAUGUAAAAAAUUACUAAUGUCUAUGUAAUAAACGCCAUUAAAUUAGAUGUGAAAUAUUUUUAUAA